UGCAAAACCCCAAUCAAAGUCGGUUCUUCCCAAUUUUUUCCCUCUAAAUUCUCCCUUGCUUUUCUCCUUCCUAGAAAUCAAAAUCCCACGUCGAAUUUACACUUACUUUUGAAGCUUGUCUUACUCUGAGAAUUCCAGAUUUUGAUAAAGCGAAAGGAACAGAAAAAGUGGGUUUCAAUCAAAGAUGGAUGAAUAUCAGGAAAUGGAAAGGUUUGGGAUGGAGAACGAUUUUGAAGACGGGCAAUGGAUAAACGGUGAAUUCUACUACAAAAAACGCAAACAAAAGCGGACACAGACAAAAGAUGAUGUUCUUUACGGUGUUUUUGCGUCUGAUACCGACUCGGAAGACGAUGAUUCUUCUUCAUCAAGGAAGAGAAGGAAGGAAUUCGGGAAAAAACCUGACUUGACGAAGCCUGUCAGCUUUGUUUCCACAGGUACUGUAAUGCCUAACCAAGAAAUUGAUGAGAAUUCUAAGGUAGAGAAUGAUGAUAAUGUUUUUGAUGAUAACGAUAAUGAUAGCAGGCCUGGAUUGGGGUCUGGCGUAGGAUUAGGUUUUGGUGGAAAUGAUAGUUUGCGAAAAAGUGAUGGCAAUGAUGGUGGUGUUGAGGAUGAUGAUCAUAGUUUUUUGCCUACGGCCUUUGGGAGGAAGAUAAAGGAAGGGGCGCAAAGGAGAGAGAAAGAGAGGGAGAGGUUGAGGAUGGAGAAGAAAAGUUUAGGAGGGAGAAGGGAGGUUGGAGGUGGGCAUGGAGAUGUUGGGGGGUUUGAGAAGCACACAAAGGGGAUUGGGAUGAAGUUACUUGAGAAAAUGGGGUAUAAAGGUGGUGGUCGAAAAAAUGAGCAAGGUAUUGUUGCUCCUAUUGAAGCAAAGUUGAGGCCAAAGAAUAUGGGAAUGGGGUUUAACGAUUUUAAGGAGGCUAAGUUGCCAGGGUUGCAGCAGUUGGAUGAGAAGAAGAGUGUGAGUCAGCAGCCAGUUGGGAGACUGAAGGAGAGGCUUUGGUCGAAGAAUGCAAAGGGGAGGAAGAAGCAGCAGUACGUUACGGUGGAAGAGCUGUUAGCGAAGAAGCAAGAAGAGGGUGUUGAAGUUGUUCAGAAGGUGAUUGAUAUGAGAGGGCCACAGGUUAGAGUUUUGACAAACUUGGAGAAUUUGGAUGCAGAAGAGAAGGCAAGAGAGAAUGAUGUUCCGUUGCCCGAGUUGCAGCAUAACUUGAAGUUAAUUGUUGACUUGGCAGAGCUUGAUAUUCAGAAGAUUGAUAGGGAUUUAAGGAACGAAAAGGAGACAGCAUUGAGCUUACAAAAGGAAAAGGAAAAGUUGGAGAUUGAGGCUGCAUGCCAGAAGCAACAGUUGGCUAAUAUGGAGCAAAUUGCUAGUGUGCUGGGCCUGAUUGAGGAAGAGAACUCGUCUGGAAAACUGACCUUGGAGUCUCUUGAAAAGAGUUUUAGGGAUCUGCAGAGGAAUUAUGCUGAUGAUUAUAAACUGUGUAACUUGUCCUGCAUUGCAUGUUCAUUUGCUUUGCCUCUGUUUAUAAGAAUGUUUCAGGGUUGGGAUCCUCUUGACAAUCCAUCUUAUGGGAUGGAGGUGAUAUCUGCAUGGAAGGAUGUAUUGCAAAGAGACGAUAGUAAUGACAUUUGGGAGGAUGUAACAACACCUUACUGUCAGCUGGUUUCAGAAGUUGUUUUACCAGCUGUGAGAAUAUCUGGAAUUAACACAUGGGAGCCUAGGAACCCUGAACCAAUGCUUGGAUUUUUGGAAUUGUGGGAAAAGUUGGUGCCAUCUUCUAUUCGUGACACGAUAUUGGAUACUGUAGUAAUGCCAAAAUUGUCGAGAGCAGUUGACUCAUGGAACCCACGUAAGGAAACUGUUCCAAUCCAUGUUUGGGUGCAUCCAUGGCUGCUGAUGUUGGGACAAAAGCUGGAGGGUUUGUAUCAGACCAUACGUAUGAAGUUGAGUAAUGUUCUUGAUGCUUGGCACCCAAGUGAUCCAUCUGCUUAUGCUAUCCUAUCACCUUGGAAGACUGUGUUUGAUUCAGUGAGCUGGGAACAACUUAUGCGUCAAUAUAUUGUCCCAAAGUUGCAGAUUGCUCUGCAGGAGUUCCAAAUAAACCCAGCAGAUCAGAAGCUUGAUCAGUUUUAUUGGGUUAUGUCUUGGGCCUCUGCAAUUCCUAUUCAUCUCAUGGUUGAUUUGAUGGAGAAAUUUUUCUUUGUAAAGUGGCUGCAGGUUUUGUAUCAUUGGUUGUGUUCAAAACCUGACUUUGAGGAGAUAAAAAAUUGGUACAUGGGUUGGAAGGGACUUCUGCCGCAGGAGCUUUUGGCAAAUGAAAGUAUCCGUAACCAACUUAAUUGUGGUCUUGAGAUGAUGGUUCAGGCUGCUGACCACGUACCAGUAGUGCAGCCUGGUUUGAGAGAGAAUGUUACGUAUCUUAAGGUGCGUGAGCAGAGGCAGUUUGAGGCUCAGCAGAGAGCAGCUGCACAUGCGCAACAGCCGGUUGCAGCUGGCCUGGGUACUACAGUCCAGAUGGAUGGUGUUCCUGAGAUGAGUUUGAAGGAAGUAGUUGAGGCCUAUGCACAGCAACAUGAGCUACUAUUCAAGCCCAAGCCAGGCAGGAUGCAUAAUGGUCAACAGAUAUAUGGCUUUGGUAACAUAAGUGUAAUAGUUGAUUCGCUUAACCAGAAGGUUUAUGCCCAAAAGGAGGAUGGGUGGUCCCUGGUCUCACUUGAUGAUUUGUUGAAAAUGCACUAUAAUUCUCUUGCAAGGAGACGUUGAGUUUUAGGUAGUUAUUAGAAGAGACACUGCAGGGGAAAGUAUUUUUGAGUUUUAAACUGUCCUUUGAAAGGGGGUUGGUAGUUUUUCUGGUUAUGGAGUUGAAAUGCGUAAUGCAUGAAAAUUUUUGAGAACACUAGCAGUUAGUUUCUCCUUUAUCCCUCAGUUAUAGGAAUUGAUUAUUGAGACUUAAAUUUUUGACAAUGCUUAAUUAAAGGGACAGCCAUGCCUUUUGCAUGUGGGUGUUUUCCUGAUCUUGUAAA